CAGGAAGUGGUCGGCGUGGAACGCACAGACCAGGAAGUGGUCGGCGUGGAACGCAUCGAUGGAGCCCGCGGGCGUUGCUGCCGCCUUCCAGCCCAGCGAACACCAGCACAUUCGGUAUAACCCUCUGCGGGAUGACUGGGUGUUAGUGUCUGCGCACCGCAUGAAGCGUCCAUGGCAGGGACAGGUUGAGAAACCCUCGGAGGAAAACAUUCCUAGACACAAUCUAACCAACCCUCUCUGCCCAGGGGCCCUGAGAGCCGGAGGGGAGAUAAAUCCUGAUUACGAGGGAACAUUCCUCUUUGAAAAUGACUUCCCUGCCUUACAGCCCGAUGCACCUGACCCUGGUCCCAGUGAACACCCAUUGCUCCAGGCAAAAUCUGCGCGAGGGGUCUGCCAGGUGAUGUGUUUCCACCCGUGGUCUGAUGUCACGCUGCCACUGAUGUCCUCACUGGAGGUCCGAGCCGUGAUUGAUAAAUGGGCAGAGAUUAUGAAGGAUUUAGGGGCCUCUUACCCGUGGGUUCAGAUAUUUGAAAAUAAAGGAGCAAUGAUGGGCUGUUCCAAUCCUCAUCCACACUGCCAGAUUUGGGCCAGUAACUUCCUUCCCAAUGAGGCCCAGAUAGAAGACCGGACCCAGAGAGCAUAUCUGAGGGAGCACGGGAUCCCGAUGUUAGUGGAGUACGGCAGACUGGAGGAGGAGCGGAAGGAACGCCUGGUGCUGGCCAAUAAGCACUGGCUGGUGCUUGUUCCUUAUUGGGCAGUUUGGCCGUUUCAGACACUCCUCCUCCCGCGACGCCAUGUGACCCGGCUACAGGACCUCACUAACGAAGAGAGAGACAGCUUAGCGUCCAUCAUGAAACGUCUGCUCUGCAAGUAUGACAAUAUGUUUGAAAUUUCCUUUCCAUACUCCAUGGGCUGGCAUGGUGCUCCUACUGGGUGUCAUUUGUCUGAGGAUUGCAGCCACUGGCAGCUCCAUGCGCACUACUUCCCGCCACUUCUGCGUUCUGCGACUGUGCGCAAAUUUAUGGUGGGAUACGAGAUGCUGGCACAGGCUCAGAGAGACCUGACAGCGGAGCAGGCGGCUGAGCGACUCCGGAAUAUUCCAGAAGAACAUUACAAACUAAGAGAUCAGGGGCCGUCGUCUGUAAAGUGAACCCUCAGUCAUCGGAACCUUCUUGCUGUGGAUAAAGACAGUUAUUACAAGAUGGGAUAAUCACAGUGCUGGAGUCACCUGCCGAUAGAUUGGUGAAUCCGUGAAACCUUAAUGAUUUCACUGUGCGCGGUCCUUUUCUUAAAGAGCGAGACUGUUACUCCUGUUUCUGCAGAAAAUGCAAUAAUCAGUGCAAUAAAAAGCAAAACCAGAUUAAUAAAUCA